AUGUCCAUAUUCAUAAAUUCUGUAAAUAAUAAUGAUGAUAUUUUAUUUACAAAUGAUGAUGAAAAAUAUACUUUCGAUGAAAUUCUUGAAGUUGACUCUAAGCGAAUUCGUGCACUCCAUGAAAUAGAUAAUGCAAACUUUCAAUGGUUUCAUAUCAGGGCUUGUGUGGUAUCUGGAGUUGGUUUUUUUACGGACGCCUACGACUUGUUUGUCAUAAAUUUGGUUUCUACUAUGAUAGGUUAUAGUUACUUUGAUCAUGACGGUACCGUUCCAGCAAAUAUCGAUAUGGGAUUAAAGAUGUCUGCUGCGUGUGGAACCCUAGUAGGUCAAAUAUUUUUUGGUUGGUCUGCUGAUCAUUAUGGACGUAAAAAAGAUUUAGGCCUCUGGCCUAAACCCAUGUAUGGUUUAGAACUAUCAAUAAUGGUCGUCGCAACGAUCGGCUCUGCGAUGUGUGCGGAUUCAUUUGCUAUUUCCCUUUGGGCCUCACUAAUAUUUUGGCGGUUCAUAUUAGGUAUAGGAAUUGGUGGUGAUUACCCUUUAUCAGCUGUUAUCACAAGCGAAUUUGCAACGAUAAAGAGACGGGGUGCAAUGAUGGCUGCCGUUUUUGCUAUGCAAGGUUUUGGGAUUUUAUCUGCGGCUAUAAUAGCAGUGGUUGUUUUGUCGAUCUUCAAAUACAAAAUACUCGACGAUCACAGAUACAUUGAUUAUGUGUGGCGACUAGUAUUGGGAUUUGGUGUGAUUCCAGCAGUUAUAGCGUUAUAUUUUCGACUGACAAUCCCUGAAACACCACGUUAUACGAUGGAUGUAUUGCAUGAUAUCGAACGAGCAGCUCACGAUAUCGAUGUCAUAUUAUUGAAGGAUAAGCACAACGUAGGCUUUCAAGAUAAACCUGCUUAUAUGGUAGAAGCUCCUCGUGCAACAUGGGAGGAUUUUAUAUGUUACUUUAGUCAAUGGAAAAACUGUAAACCUUUGUUAGGGACUUCGAUCUCGUGGUUCGUAUUGGACGUCGCAUUUUAUGGCAUAGGAUUAAACAAUGCAAUCAUUCUACAAGCCAUCGGUUUUGGAAAUAAUUCGGACUCCUUUAGUGCUCUAUGGAAUAUGUCUGUUGGCAAUGUUAUUAUCAAUAUGUUGGGUACAGUUCCAGGAUACUGGCUUACUGUUCUUUUAGUGGACAAAUGGGGACGUAAAACCAUCCAAUUAAUGGGAUUUACCGUUCUUACCAUAUUAUUUUUAAUUUUGGGAUUUGCUUAUGAAUAUAUCUCGCAACAACCUAUGGUUAUAUUCGUUCUAUUAUUCUCAUUAUGUCAAUUAUUUUUAAAUUUUGGGCCUAAUGCAACAACAUUUAUUGUACCUGGAGAGAUUUUCCCCACAAGAUAUCGUUCAACUGGACAUGGAAUAUCAGCUGCAUCAGGAAAACUUGGGGCAAUCAUAGCACAAGCAGGGUUUGCACAAUUUAAAGACAUAGGUGGUACAAACAAGUUCGUCCCUCAUUUAAUUCAAAUUUUUGCUUUGUUCAUGUUUUUUGGAAUUUUUUCAACGAUGUUAAUACCUGAAACAAAAAAUCUAUCAUUGGAAGAAUUGUCAAACGAAACUCAAGUUGGAUUUGUUAAGCCAAAACGUAAACAUGUACAUAAUAAUCUCGUGUAA